AUGUCAUUCUUAAAAGAGAUGAUCUCCUGGGAUCUUGUCCAGCUUGCGGCGCACGAGAUUGACUACCAAUCACUGGUUGGCCGCUCGAAUCAGAGAGGACUAGAUAAAGUCCAGAAUGUCAUGUCUAUCGAAAUGCUGGGCUCCAAUGACUCCGGCUUAUUCCCCACACUUUGCGCCACCCGAGAUUUUCAAGCUACAGAUCCUCGAGAUAAGGUAUUUGCUGUUCUUGGGUUGACCCAAGAAGCUAGCUCCAGUCUAGCACCGGACUAUAAUCUAUCAGUAUCCGAGGUAUAUCGUCAAGCAGUACGAUUUCUAGUCCAAUCUAUACAAGACCUCACGGUGCUGGGCGACAUCGACCAUUCCGCUACCGAACAAAGCUCGGCCAAGAGCAACAACUUCUCAUCCUGGACUCCACGGUACGAUAAGCCUCGAACGUGCUCAAUCCUUGUCCGCGCGUACCCACCUUUCCAGGCUGCUGGCCAACGCAUAGAUAUGGAGACAAUUCCAUCCGACUCACAUUCUCUUGCUCUCGGCGGACUGCGCAUAGACACCUUAGCUGUCCUUGGUCCAGUGAUGACUUCUGACAUGAUAGCUAAUGGAUCAGGACUCUGCCAGAUUUGGAAUCAGUGUUUGAACUUCGUUACUUCUUAUCCGACUGGCGAGCAUGUCUUACGAGCAUUCAGCUUAACAAUGGCCGCAGAUAAGACACUCAAAGGCGAAUCAGCGGCCACCGAUCCCAACCACGACGAAGACUUUGCAGCAUACAUUACGGAAACUGGACAUGAGCUCAAACAUUUGUCCUCUCGAGAGCAUGAUGCUCUGGUUCUUCGUGCUAUAACUGGAAAUGCCCUCAGGUACGAGGGUGCAGUAGCAAUGAUAUCCACAGGACGAAGGUUCUUCACUACCGGUGAAGGAUUUAUGGGCCUUUGCCCAUCAGGUGCAAAAGAGAACGACCUUGUGUGUGUAUUUUUUGGGGGUCCCCUUCUCUAUAUAAUCAGGCCCGAAGAAAAUCUUUUCCGUUUUGUAGGAGCAUGCUAUGUCCAUGGUAGGAUGGAUGGCAGCGCCGUCGAGGAGCAGAUACGUCAUUUCGCACCGAUGGAGAUGUUUAGUCUUCAUUAA